GUGGCUGUGGAAACGAGCAAAUUCAGUAGAGCAUUUUGUUUUUUGUUCAUAGGAAAUCAACAUUGGGAGCAAAUAAUACAAUGAUCUGCAAUUGUGUUAAUAUAAUGCCAAGUGAAGUAAAUAAAACCAAAAUGAGAAAAAAACAGGAAAGAAGUGAAGAAGCCAGGUGGACGAAGAAUCCAAUGAGUUUGAUUCACCAAUUUGUUGUGUAAACAUGAAAUGAUGCUAUUUGGCUCACACUAGUCAUCUCUGGGUAAUACAAUCUUUUGUCUGUGUUAGAGAUAAAGUUAAAUAAAUCCCAUUGGUUAUGAUGUUAAGGUCCUUGACCAUAUCCAUAUUCCUUUUGCACUACUAAAUUAGUUUUUUUUUUGGAGAAUGUUGGUAUUAAUUCAAGUGUGGAAAACAUCGUUUGGUGAGUAAGUUAGGCUGGAACACUAAAUGGAGAAAAAAGACAGCAAACAUGCUACUGUGAUAAUCGAUUUCCUGUCCUUUUUUCCAUCAAGACAAGCUGUAGUAACAAGAAGAAAACAAGCACACGACAUCGUAUGCAUGCUUAUAAGAACCUUUGCACGCAAGUGUCAAAAACUCGUAUUUUCCUCCAUGGCUGAAGCUGAUGCUCAUGAAACUAAGUGUGUGAAGAGACGACGCAGGUCUCCGUCUCUAUUAGCACUCUGUAAUGAACAGCGACCUCGACACUCAUUCCAUCUAGAUCACACUGCAACGACUACUACCACUACCACUACCAUCAAGAGGAGUUCAAGAUUUCGUGGAGUUAGCAGACACCGGUGGACAGGGCGGUUCGAAGCUCAUCUAUGGGAUAAAGGGUCUUGGAAUGAAACUCAAAAGAAGAAAGGAAAACAAGUAUAUCUUGGGGCAUACGAUGAAGAAGAAGCUGCAGCGAGAGUCUAUGAUUUGGCUGCAAUCAAAUACUGGGGAGCCUCAACAUAUACUAACUUCCCAAUAUGUGAUUACAAAAAGGAUAUAGAAAUAAUGCAAAACAUGAGCAAGGAGGAAUACUUGGUCUCUCUAAGAAGGAGAAGCAGUGGUUUUGCGAGAGGAGUGUCCAAGUACAGUAGAGGUGUUGGAAGGUCAAGGCAGCAUCACAAGGAAGAGUUGAGCAACUAUAUUAGAUGGAUGAGGCCUCAGAAUAACUGCUUGGAUUUGUCUAGUGGGAAUUCGUUUGCAAUAAAGAAUCCAGCAAUAUCUGACAAGCAUGAGAUUAUUGAAAGGAAAAUGCCUCUCACCCCUUGGAAUAAGCCCACCACCCCAACAGCUCUCAGUCUGCUCCUCCGCUCUUCCUUGUUUAAAGAGCUCGUUGAAAAGACGACUACUACUGCUACUGGUGGUGGCGGUGAUGACGAUGAUGAAGAAAAACCCACAGGAUGGCCGUUUUGGAACACAUCAAUGCAAUGUGUCAAGUAUUAGAUCUGAGAGCUAUGUAUGA